GAAAUGUGAAAAUAAUAGCAAGAAAAAACGACGGGGAGGCAAAAAGCAAACGAAAGAAAAGGAAGAGGACAAGAGUGAGGUCUGGUCUGGUUUGGUUCCAUUCGGAAUCGAGCGUCUUGCGGCGAUCGAGUGGAGUGGGACCACAUUCUCUGUAAUUGCAGCGCUGAAGCGAGGGAAGGACUCUCUGCACACGCAGGUCGUCUCAAUCCUUGGCAUGGCCUGAUUAACAGCAGUCCAGACCUCAAACCCAGAAGACUUCGCGCAACAAUGUCGCGUCUCUUCCUGGUUGAACAACCCAUUUUCCUUUUCUGCUCUCUGCCCAGAAUCGUUUGGAGUGAGUCAAGCUAGAAAGUCUCGAUUUUUACGUUUUUCGUCUUGAUCCCUCGUCAAAAAUUUUCAAAGUCAUUGCCGCUGCACAGUGGUGCCGAGUCUCCUCUCUGCGAGAUCUUUUCUCUAGCGGAUUCAAGCUCCAGAAUGAACGAAUCGGAUUUCGAGGUUCUGAGCGACGAUUCUCGGGUUAAACCUGAGUUUAGAACACUGCAGACGGACAAGUCCUCGCUGUCUUCGUCGUUGGUGCUGGACAGUGAGAGAGGAGAGCUCGUGGAGGCCUGCGUGAGCGCCAAGAGGAAAAUGGCGCCUGCGGAGAGGAAUGUUGAUGCCUUGAGGAAGCACAGCGAGGCUGAGAGACGGCGGCGAGCGAGGAUCAAUGCGCAUCUCGACACGCUUCGUGGGCUAGUUCCCGAGGCAAAGAAGUUGGACAAAGCAGCGUUGCUUGCCGAGGUCAUCAACCACUUAAGAAAGCUGAAAGGAAAUGCUGAAGAAGCCAUGCAGCAGUAUGUGAUACCAACAGAUGCUGAUGAAAUAAGGGUGGAGCAAGGACAGGGUGAAGUAGUGGAUUUAGAAUUUGAGACGAUCAAGGCAUCACUUUGCUGCGCCUAUAGGCCCGGCCUUCUGUCCAAUCUAAGACAAGCGCUUGUCGACCUCGGGUUGAUCGUGUUGAGUGCAGAGGUUGCCACCCUUGAAGGAAGGAUGAAAAGUAUUAUGGUACUGACCAGAUGCCACGAAGGAGAUAAGACAAUGCGUCAGUUUCUUUCAAGCUCUCUUCCCUUAGCCCUCUGCUCAAUAGUUGAUCAGUUCUCUACUUCAGAGGAGUCUCAGAGGCCUCUGGUGUCAAAAAAGAGGCGAAGGGCUUAAUUACUAAGUUGUGAAAGAUCUGGAAGAAGCUAAAGAAAUUUAACUUCAAGAGAGUCGACUUCUUUUGUACAUGGAGCAUCCUUCGUUAAAAUGGCUUCAUAAGUACAUAUGAAGUUCCAUAUGUUCUUUCAUUCCUUUUUUCUCGAGGUGAGCUUAUAGAGAUGUUUUCUGCCUGAAGCUAUGACUGACUGGAUCAUCAUCGGUACUGUGAAAUAUUUCAGAGGAAAUUAUAGUUGAGUGUCUGGUUUGUCAUAGGGGAACUUCUCCGGAAUGGGUAACGUAAGACUGGCUAAUACACACUCAUCAUUCCCGGUAGUUCUGUACUCUAAUGCAAGUCAAUUGGAAAAGCGUGGCUUAACUUCUCGACGACUUUGAAGAACUGCGCUCUAGGACUUCUGUUCCAGAAAAAAAGAUAUCAGGAAAAGUGCUAACUGGGAUACACAUAAUUUAACUGCAUGAACUGGAUUGCUUGAUUGGCCGAUUAAUACAGUAUCCGCACUGGGACAUAAGACAUGAGGCAGAUCGCUAUGGGAAAAACUGAGACUCAUAAGAAACGAAGCAGAUCACUAUGGGAAAAACUGAGGAGCCAAGUCGGCAUCGAGACUGUACAGCAGAUUUUGAAAAGAAUUGCAGCCUGCUAGACAAUCUCCCUCAGACUGAAUGCCUCACUGAGUCCCUUAGCCAACUUUGACAUGAUAAUCAACAAAUGAGAGAGUUCCUGGCAUCCUGCAAAUGAAGAUAUGAGAUGCCUUGACAUGUUUUUCCAAUGUGAACUUUGUUGGUGCUAGAGUCAAGUUGUAAUGCUCCUGUUAUUCUUGCUCCAAAUGGCUGAUCUGUUUAAGAGUGGCUUUUAUCAGUUUGGGUGCACUAUGUUUUCUGUCUGGCUUUAUUGUUCUAAAAAAUUUCGGGCAGUUCUGUUUUAACUUUAA